UCAAAGUUGAGUGGUAGAAAUCGUGACUUUGUGAGUGUUCCUAACAAGUAACCAAUUCAAGGAAGUUGCCAAGAAAUACACCAAAAACCAAUUAACACAUGGACCCUUUACUGCAGCAACAACAGCAGCAAACACCGCAACAACGCCCACCUCAGCCUCCCGCCGGUGGUUCUGCCGGCGGCGGCGGUCUCUCCGGCAUCUUACCUCUGCUCUUCUUCAUCGUUGCUGCCUUCACUGCGGUUGUGCUUUCUUCUAUGUCAACAAACAAGACGAGCUUGACGAUCUUGCACCAAGUGCCUGAAGGUCAUGUUGGUGUUUACUGGAGAGGGGGUGCCCUGCUCAAAACAAUUACUGAUCCUGGUUUUCACUGGAAGCUGCCUAUAAUUACUCAUUAUGAACCUAUACAAGUGACGCUUCAGACUGACCAGGUUAGAAAUAUUCCAUGUGGCACAAAAGGAGGUGUUAUGAUCAACUUCAACAGGAUAGAGGUUGUCAACAGGCUGAACAAGGACGCUGUAUAUGAUACUCUUCUGAAUUAUGGUGUGCACUAUGAUAAGACAUGGAUAUAUGACAAAAUUCAUCAUGAGAUCAAUCAAUUCUGCAGUUCCCAUGCUCUUCAACAAGUUUAUAUUGAUAUGUUUGAUCAGAUUGAUGAGAGGAUGAAAGAUGCUCUCCAGGGUGACUGUACUCGUUACGCUCCUGGUGUUGAGAUCAUCAGUGUCCGCGUCACAAAACCUACCAUUCCGGAGAGUAUAAGGCAUAAUUAUGAACAGAUGGAGGAAGAAAGGACAAAGGCUUUAAUAGCUAUUGAGAAACAAAAGGUUGCUGAGAAGGAGGCAGAGACACAGAAAAAAAUUGCUAUUUCUGAGGCAGAAAAGAACUCAUUUGUGAGCAAGAUCAUCAUGGAGCAAAAGCUGAUGGAAAAGGAAAGUGCCAGAAGCCAGCAACAAAUUGAUAAUGAGAUGAAUUUAGCUCGGGAAAAGAGCAUGGCUGAUGCUUACUACUACAGAUUGGUAAAAGAGGCUGAAGCUAACACUUUGAAGCUAACACCCCAGUAUCUUGAGCUCAGAUUUAUUGAAGCGAUAGCAAAUAAUACCAAAAUGUAUUUUGGAGAUAAGAUUCCAAACAUGGUUUUCGACCAGAAGUUGCUGGGAAACUUCCUGGAAAGCGUGGCUAAAAUGCCAAGGAAAGAAGCUUUUUAAGCAAGCAGACCAUCAGUGUGGUCAGAUUCACCUGGGUGAAGCAGAGCUUAUCGACCAAAUGGAUCAUGCAUCAAAUUAACUAUCGAAGGGAUAUGGAUCUCUAGUUUCCGGAUUGCUUUGCUCAUACGCGAAUCUAAAACUUCAAAAUGUUCUUUUGUUCUUUUUGCUAUAAUUUUUUCAAGGGUGGUUUGACAGUUUCAUACGAAUAGAGUGAUAUGCAUAGGCUAGUAAUGAUAAACAGGAGGAACAGAAAAUGAUAAGGGGUAUUGUACCUUUCUUUCAUAUGUUUUGCACAUUCUCUCUUCUUUAUCCUCAAAUUUUGACACUCUGUAAAGUACUUAAGUGUGUCAUUUUCCUUGUGUUAUCUACUGUAAAUCAAUGAAAAAGCUUGUAAGAAACAUAAAUACCAAGUCUACUUUAUUUCUUU